AUGAAAGAAGAAACCUACCCUUCUCCUCUCAGACUUCCUCCGAUCUUGAGGCAAACUUUCAGCAUCACUGGACUCUAUAUUCCAAGGGACAACAGAGUCUCCCUAAAGAGCCAUCAUGAAGAGCAAAGCCAACAGGCUUAUGGAAAGAUGAUUUCCAGUUCUCAGAAUGAAUAUAUCCCUGCAGUCAUUAAGGGACAUCGACACUUUGGCUUUGGUGGAUUAGUGUUGCCUGAGUCUGUCAUCAUUCAGCAAUAUUAUGACCUCACCCUAACCAAGAGGAGUAAUGCUCGACUGAAUGACCAGCUGGUUCCCAAACAAACAGACAUCGACGUGAGGUAAACAUUUUUUAUUGAUGAUAUUCCAAGAGAACAUCCGUACAGCUCCCACAUCUCCCGGUAUCCUGCUAUAUUUCCAUCAUACAGAUCCCCACCAGUAUGGUCUUCCAGUGCUUCUGCUCCUGUUCUUGUGUGGCGGCAUCAUCAGAACCAAAAUAUAAACUAA